GCCAAAUUCGGCUAACUUAUUCGUAUUAUUAUCUGCGCUGAAAGUUUUUAUUUCUAGAUAGUUUGUUGUGUUCAUCGACGUGUUCGUGAGUGUGCAUCUGCUAACCUAUGGUAAGAGAGAGCUUAAUUGAUUUACUGAGUCUUCCUUCUCUACAGAAAGCAAGUAUCCUUUGUCAGCUAAAAUUCUUGUUCCAGCUGUUUUUGACUUCCUGCUGAGAUUCUUAUGUUUUCAAGGCCAACGUUCUCGAAUACUUCGAACUAGAUCCACAUUUUUAUUGACAGGAUUAAAGAACUUUGAUUUUCUGCUGAGUAAAUGGACAGCUUUCCAUUGCCAGUCUUCAACUUGAUAGAGUCUGAAGAUGAAGAAGAUCAUGAGGUUCUUGAAGUCCAAGAAGUCAAAAGCACUAGAUAUGAUCAUUUGCACAAGCUGUUGAAUGAUAGGAGCCUUUCACUACCUACUCACAAUCCCAAUACCAUUCUUAAAAAGCUUGAAGCCAUAGCUGAAGAAAACUUGUUAAAAAAGGAUCUGAAAGAAACAUGUUGCACUUUGCCUGGAAAUCCAAGAUCAACCUUUUUAAUGGUUUUCAGUCCAGAUGGCUCCAAAGUUGCUUCAUCACAUGGUGACCACAACAUCAAUGUGACAGACCUAAGAACAAGCAAGUGCAUCUCCACCCUGACAGGGCAUCCUCGCACACCAUGGUGCAUUGCCUUCCAUCCCCAUCGUAAUGACAUUCUUGCAUCAGGAUGUCUAGGAGGGCAAGUUCGUGUCUGGGAUUUAUCUGGAGGAAGUGAAAUGUGGUCUGUUACUGCUACAGAAGUGACAACAGUUAUAGCGUCCUUGGCUUUUCAUCCUAGUGAAAGGUUGCUCGUAAUUGCUACCAAUAGUACACUGUAUUUCUGGGAUUGGAAUAUUCCCCAACCGUUUGCUAAGUGCAGCACAGCGAAUGAGAAGCAAAAGCUAAGAUAUGUUAGUUUCGAUCCAUUGGGUAACUGGUUACUCACAGGAAUAUCGAAUACUUUUGGCACGUCCGCAUCGUUCGCUCCUGGGACCACCUCGUCCCUGUCGGGUAGUUCCUUGACACUAGGAGGCCCUGGUCAAGUAACUCAUCCGAUUAAUUACAGAAUGGAACGCAAUGAACAGGAACGGGAACGUAACCUUCAGAGUCGUUAUCAAACAUUGCUUGACCAGUACGAAAGAUUGAGGGUUCGCUAUCAGGAACUACGUCAUCGCGCUGCGGAACUAGAACUGAACGCCAGUUCCAGUCAGAGUACUAGCACCGGAACGGUAGCUUCGUUUAGCAUGAAUAACGAUGCUCCAUCAUCUGCUCCUACCGUUGCUACCAUUAAUGUUCCCGUGGUUGAGCAAUCCACGAUCAACAGGACUAGUCCACCCCUUCCUACACCUGAUACUUCAUUAUUGAACACGUCUUCAUCCAGCGAUCGAUUCUGGCGUACGCUGAUGAAUGCAGCUGAAAAUCUGCGAGCCCUAAGCAAUAUCGGUCGAACUUUAAACACCAAUCAACGACAGGCAGGUGGACCAGCAGAAGGUCCUUCGAGAUCGAGUGGAGCCUCCUUAGACCAAGAUGCUCGAAUGAGAAUUCAGCUCCUCAGCCGACAUAUCGAAAAUAUGCAACGCAUUUGCCGUUCUCACCUUGAAAUGACUCGUCAUCGACGCCAAGUUUAUCGAUUGCAGCAAAUCCGUCGCAUUCUGGAAGACCUGAGGGAGCAAAUUCGUUACCUUCAGGUUUGCGUCAGAGAUAGUCUGGAUCUUGUGUCUCGUUUGCGGACGAGCCCAGCAGGAAGCAGCACGUCCUUGUCGGCCCAACGUCCAACUUCUAGUCAUCGUGAAUCUACUGCCUUUGCCAAUAAUCGUGAGACUGCUGGCACCAGUACCGCCGGCUCAAAUCACGAAGGUGAUUUACAGUUCACCAGCAAUGGCAGAAUGGUGAUGGGAUCGCGGGCGUAUUCGCCAAUUCAAUGCCGACGUUUCACCAAUUAUUUAUUUGGGCGUUUACGGCGAAUCGGACUCCAACAUCAUCGUGAUAAUCCGAGAUUACGCCAUAGUUUUGUGGCGGGACGAGAAGCCAGAUAUCCGAUCCGGUUGGGUCUUUAUCGUGGCGAUUCGAGCUCUUUGUCUGGCAAUCCUGUCGAACAGAUUGAUCCCCAGCCAGGACCUUCACGUGAUUAUUCGAUGGGAACUGAGUGUGAAUUUGACGAAGUGAUGCCCAAUCUCGAACGAGGACUGGGAUCGAGCAGUAAUUCGUUUGGAUGGAGGAGGUCCCGAUUCUCGCGGAUGUCGCGGCGAAACAAUAACAUUAAUCUGAUGCAUCCAACGCACAGAAGCAAUUCCCUUCUUCAUACUCGUCAUUCAGGCAUCCAGCGACGCAAACCUUCGCUUCUUAGUCGCAUUUUCCACGGACGUACGCUCCAAAAUCAAAUCAGAUCGUUGGCCACGUAUCACUCGACAUUGGAAUCCACCGCACCCGUGAAUCUGGAAUCUGGACGUCCAAGCGAUCAGUCCUUGCGUCCCUUGAUGGAGCGUCUGGAAUCGCAUUUUAGGCUUCAACGACAGACAAUGGGCAUUUUAGCCCAGUUAAACGAGGCAGCCGUUGCUAACGGCAUUGGGAGCAAUGUCGAAGGGAACAACCCGACUCCAGCAGCAACACCUGGAGAGAAUUCUGUUGACGGUGGUGGUUUGCCCACGGCUAGUUUUAGUGAUAGUAGCGUAUCUUCUCGCGGCGGGCCGUGGGCCUCUAAUGUCCUUCACAGUAUCCGCCAUUUUCGAGCAAGAAGGGACGCCUUUGAAAGAGCACGUUCUUUCGAAUCCAGAUUGUCUUCAAACAGCAAUGCGGAUCGUUUUCAACCGCCGAGACGAAUGGAUAGCAACAUCGGAAUUCCUCCUCGUUUCCGCCCGUCACGUCCGUUUGAAGAUGAAGACAGCUCUGAUACUGACACAGACGUGGCGGCAGAGUCGGCGAAUCCAGCAGCUAAUCGUUGGCGUCAAUCCAGUCCAAUCCGUUCGCCACGAGGUGUAGAGCAGCGCAUGAGGCUCUUGUGGAGAGAAUAUUUGUCGCAAGUUGUCCACGUCCAACUGAACAGCAUGGGUGAAAGCACCAGCCAGCAACCUGGCACAGCGCAAGAGAGUGGCGAUAACGAUCAAGAACGAACACGUUAUCGUUUAUGGCUCUCGACUAUGGUUGAAAGUCUAACGAGUUUCUUUUCCCAGCAUGGAAUCAAUUCCUCUGAUUCAGCCGAUGCAACGCCUCCUCCUCCUACCCCAUCGACGCCCAUCACUAGACCCUUACCUGGAACUCCUCUACCAUCUAGACCUGGAUCGUCAUCAGCUGCCGGUCAAUCGUUCCCUUACGUUUCACGUUUCUCCAACGCCAUGAGAGACGAAGGAUUCAUACCGGCCACAGAAGAAGGUCCGACAUCUCCGGUGAUGGCUCCGCGUUCUACUGCUGGUCCACACCACGCUCCACCUCCUUGGAGAGUAUUCCCGCGUGUAGGGCACGGUAUGGGUGGCAUAGGUGGAUCAGCUGGAGUUUCCUUUGGAAUUGGCGGAGCCGAUCAAGGUCCAGGACAGCAACGUUGGAACCUUCGUCGUAACGCCGAGUCGCAGGUUUCGCUCAGCGCUCAUUUGACGUACCGCAUCCAAGCUUGGGAUUUUUGCGCCAAAGACGGAUUCAUCCCCGAUAUCCGCGAUCCGCACGCUAACAUCGUCGUUCCCGAAAGUAAAAUUCAUAAUGACGCUAGUGUUGACGUAUCAGCCGAUGGACGAUUUCUCGUUACUCUCGUCCCUUGCACUUCUCUUACUGGAGCUCUCAUUAGUCUUCAUAGUCUAGAACCAUCACGACUGGGUUUGUGUCUGGCGCAGGUGAACGUUGAUCAGUUUGUUGUUUCGGUCAGCAUUUCGCCAACGUGUCGCCAUCUAUUGCUCGGUUUGGCAAGUUCUCGUGCUCUCUCCGUUACCAGUCGUGAUCACGCUCUUCCUACGCUCUGGGCCCAGGUGUAUCAAAUUCCUAUCAAAGUCUUUCAAACACAGAGAAAUGGAUCGUCAGCCAUUACUACUACUGCUGCAGCUGCCAGCUCAACUAGUGGUGCUGUUCAUAGCGUUGUUGGCGAUUUGACAGUUGAACAUCAUCAAAGUAGUCGUCAACUGUUGGAGAAAAAACCGAGCAUUCCACCACCGCAAGGUAGCCUGCUCCACGUGCGUGAUUUAAGUCAAACGGCUGAUGUUGGAUUGACCAGUCUUAACUGCAUUCGCUGGAUACCAACGGCCGGACAAGGGUUUGUAUUGGGCACUAAUAAGGGUCAUCUCAAAGUGAUUGGCUGAUUGACAGGAUUGUGUUUGUUUUUUGUUUUUUCUUUUCGUUUCUUUUUUAUAUGUAGGAGCUAUAAAAAUAAAUUUUCAGACGCGUU